AUGCGGAGAGCUACCGUGAUCGAGGAGGUGUGCCGAACGGGAGCUAAAAACGGCCUGAUGGCAGUACCCGAAGGCGGUCCGCAGACGCCGGAAAACUCUGCACGGAAUGAGGCCAUCCCAACAGCCCCAGGUCGGAGACAGAACCACCCAGCAGAAACCCUACGAGCCCCAGUGGUUGAAUUUCCCUCAUUGGACGAUGGCAAAAGAAUUACAUACCAGACGGUUGCGAGCCUCGUUAGCAGCCUAAAGAAAGUCAUCACCCAACAGACCAACAUAAUCGAGCUAGCAAGGGCAGAAGUCCGUGAAAUCAAAACGGAACAAAUCACCCUGAGAGAACAGAAUGUGAAAUUACAGGAAGAGAUUCAGGCGCUACGCACCCAGAUUGAGAACCAGGCAACUACAAUCCUACCCCCAAACCCAUGGGCUGAAGUAGCCUCCACAAUCCCACCAACGAUCAAUAUACUCCCACGACCCCAGAAAGAACUGAACUGCGUCCGGAUCAGUACUGCACAGCCAGAGGCAACGGAUAACAAUGGAAAUAACAAUGACAACUUCACAAGGUUCCUGCCUACUGAUACUGCCAACAAACAUAUCAGGACCGCCUUAUCAAACACAGAAUCCACCAAAGAUGUACAGGUAGCAGGUGUUGGCACCACUAAAACAGGCUAUGUAAUCAGAUUCAGAGAUGCUCAGUCGGCCGAAACAGCCCGGAACAACACCGCAUGGCUGGAAGAAUUGGGGAACGAAACCAGGCUGGUCAAACCCCGAUUCGGCAUUGUGGUUCACCGAGUGCCAACGGAGGACUUUGACUUGGAGAAGGAAAAGAGAGAAGGGAUUGAGAAGAUCAUGGAAGAGAAUGACCUGGCCGAGAAAGGAUUUGAAAUCGAGGAUAUUGCAUGGCUCAAGAAGAAGGAUAGACCGCUGGGAAAGGCCGCAUCGAUAGGCAUCUAG